AGCCCAGCCCAAGACACCAGGGCAUUUGCUGACAUCUGAGACCCUUCCUAGGAAGACACGGCCUCGUUCUUGGUGUGGCCACUGAGGACGGUGCUGAGAGGGGGAAAGUCAUGGGCUGGGCCGGGUAUGGGAUGCGGAGGAGACGGCACCCAGGGAGGAGGAGCACUGUGCCCAGGUGGCCUCACUUGUCAUCUCGAAGUGGUGUCAAACCCCCUGACAGGUGGACGGGAACCGCCGGCUGGCCCUCCAGAGACCAAGAGGCCCCUGGCUCAACAAUGCCACCUGCAGCUGCCCAGCCCUCCGCCCAUGGUGCCCUUGUUCCACCUGCCGCCGCUUAUGAACCUGUGGAUCACCCAGCUCUGCACUGGCUUGCCUGCUGCUGCUGUCUCAGUUUACCUGGGCAGUUGCCCCUGGCUAUCCGGCUGGGAUGGGACUUGGGCUUAGAAGCAGGCCCCUCCUCUGGGAAGCUGUGUCCUCGGGCCAGGAGGUGGCAGCCUCUACCUUCCUGAGGCAGGGACCCUUUUUUGUCCAUCAAGGGACAGCUGCAUGAAGACACACAGAGAGAAGGCAGCCAUCCGUAAGCCAGGAAGAGAGCUCUCACUAAGACUGGAAUCAGCAGCACCUUGAUAUCGGACUUCCAGCCUCCAGAACUGCAAGAAAUAAGCACCUGCUGUUUACAUGCCCAGCCUGCGGUGCUUCCUUAUGGCAGAUUGGAGCUAACUGAGAGAGCUCCCAGCACUCAUUUAUUCAUUCAUUCAUUCACUCACCUCAUGUCUACUGAACAGCUCUGGGCUGGCUCUGGGAAGCAGUGAGUCACACACACUGCCCCCAGCAAUGUGUGAAAUAUGUUUAGAGACAGUGGGCUACAGCGGAAAGGGUAGAUGCCCUGAGAACCCCAGCAGUGCUGGUCAGAAGCACAGGCCUUGUUGGGCUGAGGCUGGCAUGGGGUGAACCUGGGGAGCCUCGGGGGCAGAGGUGAUAGAUAUGGGGUGUUUCGAGGCAGUGAGACAAAGAAGGGAGAUGGGUGGUGCACCCCAAUGCCGGGCUUCACCAGGCUCCCAACACAUGAGUGUUCACCCGCCUGGAUGAGACACCUCUGUGGACUUGGGAGUGAAGGCGGUGAAUUUGGGCAAUGCUGGAGGCCGUGCAGGUGGGAGGUGGGACAGGGGCAAGAGGCCAGGGCCCAGGCAGGAGCUGACAGCCCGCCAGUGGUGCUCCCCUGAGAAGCAACCUCAGUGGGUGGCUUGGGGUCUGCUGGGCUGUCCCCACACUGACACCCUGGCUGCAGGGCCCCCUGUGUCCCCAGUGAUGGGUCUCGGGAGCUGUGUGGCCUACUCAGGGCCAUCCCUGCAGCCCAUGCUCUCUGGGUGACCAGUUGCCAGCAGUGUCCCCCCUGCCUUGGGUGGAGGCUGAGGACCCCAGAGUGGGAGGGAAGGUGCGGUGGGGGCUCAGCCAAUGCUGCCCAGCCUGAGGGUCCCUCACAUGUGGGCUGCACCCCUGCGUCAGCCGGAGUGAUCUCUGCUUAGGGUGGUUUGAGGUGAGUUCUGAUAUCUCAAACACCGGCAUCAGGGUCAGGGCAGACAAAAGAAGAGUGAGCUGGUCAGGGGUGUCCCAGUUGGGAGCUCGCUCACAGGCUUUAAGGAGGGCAGGGCACAGCCCAGCGGGGGUGGCCACAAGGCCCCGGGCCUGUGGCUGAGGUGGCAACUGGCACCGGCAGUGAUUGGAACAGGCCAGCCCACGGAGCCCUGUGGCCUUGGCCGGUGGCUCACGGUGCCACGGGAGCUGGAGCAAUGGGUGGCCUCCCUUGCCUGGUGCCUGAGUAAAGGAGGACUGGGUGCCCCUGAGGAAGGACCUUGCCAUACUCCUACAAAUUUACAUUAUUCUUCUUUCCUCCAGUCUCCCCAUCAGGGACCUGCAGCCGUUUGCUGGGGUGGCUAGUCUGGAAAGGGGGAUCAUCAGACUCAAGGGGAUUACUGGACACUGACUCUAACCUGACACCCACUCCUGGGGACACAAACACCCGUCGGAUCUAAUAGUCAGAGCAGGGGCAUGUGGAGGUCAGGGUGCUCAUGGAGUUCUAGCUCAGGUCCAACUCUCGGUGGGUGCAGAGGUCACUUCCCUAGCCUCAGACGGGUGAGUAAACAGACGUAUGUGGCAACCAGCAGAGUCCCCACAUUUGUUCCCUGACCUGAGGGUGGGGGCUACUAUGGUGGGAAAUGCCAAGUGGAAGCCAUUGGGGUUAACUCUGCCUAGGAAAAUUGUCAGAUUGUCAGUCAAAAGCAACCUGCAGCCCUGGAGGGACCGCAAAGGUCAGUGCCGCCAUCGAGGACUUGGAAGAUGCAGGGCGGUGACCACCACUGCAGCCUCGUUCCACUCAUCUAAUUGGCUUGUGUGGAAGACGGGGGGGUCCUGGAGAAAGAAGGACAGUGAAUUCCGGUAAACUUAACCAGGACUCCAAUUGCAACUGCUGUUCCAGAUAUGACUACUGAUCACCGGGGCAAAUCAAAGCAUCCCCGGACACCUGGUCUACAACCAUUGAUCUGGUGAAAGCUUUAAUUUUUAAUAUAGAUUUUAUUUUUUAGAGCAGUUUCAUGUUUACAGAGAAAUUGAGCAUAUUUGAGAGUCCUCAUAUAGCAUCUCUCCCCACAAACAGUUUCCUUUAUUCAUAUCUUGAAUUAGCCUGAUACAUCUUUGCAGUUGACGAACCAAUAUUGACCUAGUCAUUGAUCAGGUUACAUGAGGGUUCACUCUUCCUGUUGUACAUGCUGUGAGUUUGGGCAAAUGUGUAAUGGCAUGUCUCCACUGUGACAGUGUCACACAGAAUUAUUUUACUGCCCUAAAA